GUUGGACGUGUAUCAUUCACUGGCGAGCAGCUAGCUACGACAGACGCAUAGGAGAGUGUGUAACCGUGUAACGCCAGUUUUCUGGCAAGCAUCGCUUCCAGUAGUUUUACCGUGGAACGGUUGUGGGUACACGCUCUUGUACUGUGAACCCCUGAAGGAAGAUUUCUGUCAUCCGCUAGAGGUUUUUGACGGUGAGUACAUGACAGGGACGGUGCCUGGAUGAUACGCUAGCUGUGGUAUCAUCAUCACACGACAAGAUAAUCCCUGACAGAAAAGGAUUUACAACAGAGCUGUUACUGUAGUGAAGCGCUCACGUACUCCGUAGAACGCGGAAGUUUACACCGAGCACUCAGACAUCGGCCGGCGGGCAUCGGUGCCUACCUACCGCCGAGGACAGACGGUGCAGAACACGCUGGAUUAAGUCAGGUCGGGAAUAGACACUGUUGUUGCACACGCGUCGGGUACAAUUUAUAGCAGGGCAACGGGUCAUUUCCUAAUUUUACGCUGGACAUUCCAGAUCGUCGACGCGCGGCUUCAGAUUUGCGGUGCAGGCUGACUCAUCCAGGCGGUAUCCGGACGACGUCAGCUCCGCCGACACGGCAUCAGCUCUCCGGUGAUGACGACAAGUCCUCUUUCUCUUCUGUAAACCGGUCCACGCAAGUCGAACACUGUCCUUAUUCGACUGGCUUCAUCGACGUGACCUACAAUAAGUUCUGCUUUCAUAUUUAUGACCUAAUUUGCAAAAAUAGACAAAUGUUGGAAGCCAAUCAAGUCGCACUUCCUGAAAAUUGACUUGUGCAGUUUGAAGAGGAAAAUACGCACUAAAGCGUUUCUACGGUCAGUCAGCACAAAAUUAUAUAGCAACCACGGACACAGUAGUAUUUGGAGCUUGUGGGAUUCGAACCCAUAACUUCGUGUCUUGUGCGAUCAGAAACACUUUGGACAUGGCAACGGCAAGGUCACCGAUUGAGGUGCUCCUAACGGAGGAGAAACUUCAGGACUUCCAGCGGAAAGCGGCGAUGUCCACCGAGGACGAGGAGGACAAUGACUCGGGCAGCGAGAGCUCCACGUCCGUACACUCGUUCGGUCGGCACGGUGCCGAGAAGAGGCCGCAGAGGAGGAAGAAACCCAAACUGACUGGCGUCAGCAAGCAGAGACAGCAGGCAAACGCACGGGAGAGAGACAGGACGCACUCCGUCAAUACAGUUGACUCUGAGAGCAAUCGCGAGAAAGCCCGGACUCAGAAUUUGAACACAGCCUUCACCACAUUGAGAACGAUGAUACCCACCGAGCCAGCCGACAGAAAACUCUCCAAGAUCGAGACACUCAGACUGGCUACGUCUUACAUCAGUCACCUGGCUACAGUACUGAUGUACGGAGAUGGGUGCUUGGAGGCUCAGCCUUGUUUGAGAAGACAACAAUACCUCCAUCCGGGCACUGAGAACAAGCCAACGCCCAUCUGUACCUUCUGUCUGGCACACAAAAAGAACACGGGCAAGUGUGAGAGGGAGAGACCGGUUUUCCCGCCAGGCAUGCGGGAGGUCAUGAGAGGGUACUUCCAGAGUUGAUGCCCCCCUCCCCACAUCGCCACUCGUUAGUUCUUCAUGUAGUUUUUACGUUGUAUUUCUGUUGAUUAGGCCAUGUUGAUUUGAUUAUAUGGAUGACAUCC